CUUACGCAAUGGGAGAAACCGGCUGAUAAUGAAAAAAUCAUCACGCAUCCCAAUUCGCUUAAACCAGCAUUUUUAAAUUGAAUUCGUUAAUUAUUUACGCGUUAAAGCAGAAAUUCCCUGUUUAAAAUAACCACCAAUCUAGAAUUUAAGCUGGUUUUUCGUUGAAGCAGUGGCUUUGUAUAUUCUCAUACGUAGAAAUCGCAGUGGUCAACUGGAAAUUUUUGUAACACCAAUUCUCCAAUAAACAGCUGUAUCUGCCUUGUGUACUGGAAUUUUUCAAUCACUCGCAUUCAGCGUUAAUUUGUAAAAAUUUUACGCAAAUUCCAUCAAACUAUCUACGAGUCUGCAAUUAAUUGCAGACGCAUUACAAUAGCAACUUGUGCACGAGCUAUGGCAGAAGGUGGGAGUGGUAGCGAUAGUAGUGUCGGCAGUGUAGUUUGUGUUGAAAAUGGUGUUGAAGGUUCCGGCGUCGGUGAACAUUGGCGUGGCUGCUCGAUGGAGGAGAUCCAUAAUGGUUUGAAUGAAUUUGAAUUGGAGCAUGUGCCAGCGGUGCGUCCCAGUGAAACACAUACAGUACUUUACCAUUGUCCGAUACGUGAGCCAGACAGUGUGCCGCCACGUCCAUUGCGUGCACAUCACAAGUGGGAUGCGACACAUGUACGUUUGCCUUGCUCCAGCAAAAGUCAAUAUCCUGUUACUGCAGCCGAUGGAAGUUCCACAAUAGAAGCACGUUGGGAAAUGAUAGAAAAAGCACUAUUGCAACCGAUUAAUAACAGUAAAGAACUACAAGCAGCCAUUCUUUCGUACAAUACAAAAUAUGAGAAUCAAUGGAAUUUUCGUGCACUUCAUAAGCUGCUUGAGGAUGAUUUGGAUGAGAGUGAAGCGCGAGUGUUCUUUGAGGACUUGCUGCCACGUAUAAUACGAUUGGCGUUGCGAUUGCCAGAAUUAGUGCAAGCGCCAAUACCUUUGCUUAAACAGGGCCAGUGUCAUUCGGUCACGUUGUCGCAGCAGCAGAUAUCUUGUCUUUUGGCCAAUGCAUUCUUGUGUACCUUUCCACGCCGCAAUACCAUGAAGAAGCGUUCAGAGUAUAGCACAUUUCCGGAUAUAAAUUUUAAUAGGCUUUUCCAAAGCGGCGGCGGAGCAGUUAUCGAGAAAAUAAAAUGUAUCUGCCACUAUUUUCGACGAGUGUGUCCUACUGAGCGCGAUAGCUCUAAUGUGCCCACCGGUGUGGUAACAUUUACACGACGCAGCUUAGCUGCCGGCGAAUUGCCUAAUUGGGCCGAAAUUCAAGCACCACUGGGCGCUACACCGCUACACAUCACUUCUGCCGGCACAAUUGAAGAUCAGGGCCUCGGAUUGCUGCAAGUAGAUUUUGCCAAUAAAUAUCUUGGUGGUGGCGUACUCGGUGGCGGUUGUGUACAAGAGGAAAUUCGAUUUGUAAUUUGUCCUGAACUACUUAUCUCCAAAUUAUUCACGGAGUGCUUACGUCCAACCGAGGCACUACUAAUGGUCGGUGCUGAACGUUUCAGCGACUAUAACGGCUAUGCGGGCACAUUUGAAUGGGCGGGAAACCAUGAUGACUGCAUACCACGCGAUAGUUCACGACGCCGCCAAACACAUAUAGUAGCUAUUGAUGCACUGCAUUUUAUGCAAUCGCAACAUCAAUAUCGCGAAGAUCUUAUAAAACGCGAGCUGAAUAAGGCGUAUGUCGGAUUUCAGCAUACGCUAAGUACGCCGGCACCUGGCGUGGCUUCAGGUAACUGGGGCUGUGGUGCAUUCGGAGGUGAUCCACGUCUCAAAGCUUUGCUACAAAUAAUGGUGUGCACUGUAACCCAAAGGCCGCUUGUUUAUUUCACAUUUGGAGAUGCGAAGCUGCGGGACGAAGUGCAUCGCAUGCAUACAUUUUUACUGGAACAUAAUGUGUGCGUAAAAGACUUGUGGAACUUGCUGACCAGCUAUCAGAGCCAAAAUAUGACACCCAAUGAACUGUACAAUUUUAUCUAUGGAUGCAUUAGCAAUACAUUAAAGCACAGUCCGAAGACGAAAACGAUGUCACCAAAAUGUAAGAAUAUACGCAAUUUAUUAACAUGUUGGUUGAAGCCGCAACAAGCCAAUGCAAGGGAAAUGCCAGUUUCCUCUUCAGCUGCACGGCGAAGUAAUUUGAGCCAAGACAUUUUCGCCUCCUCGGAGUCGGAAGUGGAGGCGGAUAGUGUUCCGUCCGAAGAUUCGAUUGUAGCCGUAGAUCCCUCGACCUCUCCCUCGGCCAGCAAAACGAUAGCAGCAAAUGCGCAAAGUAUUGCUACGACAGAGCAAACCAAGAGCUCGCAGUUACAUGAUAGUGUUGAAAUGGCGAGGAAUGAUAACAAAUUGUUAGCUGGUAAAUUAAAAAGCGACCAAACGGAAUUGCAAAUGAAAAAAUCAAAUGUAUCACCUUCAGCCGAGAAGCCUACAGGGUCACGCCAACGCUCACUGCUGGAAAUGUUAGACCAAUGCUAUACAACAAAUGCUGGCCCAGAAACCAAACGUAUUUGUCUGAACAAAACUGGAAACCUAAAAUCAACGACACCGACAAAGCAACAAUAAAUUUUUUUUAAUAACAAAUAACAAAUUUUGAACACCAAAUCAAAACGGAUGCAUUCGUGCAUAUUUUGUACUUUAAUAGCGGAUUUUACCAUUGUUGACAAUUCAUGUAAAAAAGUUGUAUACACACACACACGCUUACAAACAUAAGGAUGGGUACUGUAAAAUAUUGUAUGGCAAAAGUGCUUUAAAUUUAAUUUUUGCACAACCACCCGAACCGCAGCGGAGUGCAUACAGGCUUUCGCUUGUAUAAAUGACGUUUCCAUUUUCGCAAAAAUGUGCCGCGAGACAACAGCUGCAGCGAAUGUAUAGAACAAAUAAGCACUAAGCAUUGCACUCUUCAAAAUGCGGCUAAAAAUAAAUGUGUACACAGAUGUGCUCGUACGAGUAUGUAAAAUACGCGGCUAGGCGUCAUGUGCGCCUGUUACGGCUGUUACACGCUGCACUUUUGCACACACCCAGCCACUUGUGCGUCACUUAUAAUUUACGAAAUGUUUCAAAUACCACUUGUUGUAAUUCAAGUUGUUUGUUUAUAUUUGGAAAAUAUUAAAUGCUUUAAAUUCUACUCGUCGCUUAGUUGUUGAUCGUAGCGAGCGAAAGAGUUUGUGACGUUCACCGGCAGCGUGAAACGGGCGUGAUAUAGCGAACAAAUCUCGAGAGUCAAUUUUUUAAAGCCGUUUUCAAAUAGUUUGUUUACUAGCGCUUGAUUGCCGGCGUUCGUACCGCUAAUAAAAGGUUUUAGUAUUCGUCUGAAGAUAGGAGGCUGCCACGCUUAUCAAGAGACAAAAGUUCAAAAACGAGAUUAGCGUCACUUUCGUCAACAUGCAAUCUGUACGCGUCUGCUAAGUUUAUAUUUUAUUUUAGACAUGAUGUCUUUUUUUUAAACAUGCAGUGAUGA